GCAGCGCUGACCCGCGGUGGCUGAGGUUGGGAGGCCGGCGGCAGGAUGAGCCGGGCGCCCGCGUUCCUGAGCGCGGCCGAGGUUCAGGGCCACCUCCGCAGCUCCAGCCUCCUCAUCCCGCCCCUGGAGGUGGCGCUGGCUAACUUCUCUAGUGGCCCUGAUGGAGGGGUGGUGCAGCCGGUGCGCACCGUGGUGCCGGUGGCCAAGCACCGAGGCUUCCUGGGGGUGAUGCCAGCCUACAGUGCCGCAGAGGACGCCCUGACCACCAAGCUGGUCACCUUCUACGAGGGCCACAGCAGCGCCUCCGCCGUCUCCUCCCACCAGGCCACGGUGCUUCUCUUUGAGCCGAGUAAUGGCUCCCUCCUGGCGGUCAUGGAUGGGAAUGUCAUCACGGCUAAGAGAACAGCUGCGGUGUCUGCCAUCGCCACCAAGCUUUUGAAACCGCCCAGCAGUGAAGUGUUGUGCAUCCUUGGGGCUGGAGUCCAGGCCUACAGCCACUAUGAGAUCUUCAUAGAGCAGUUCUCCUUUAAGGAGGUGAGGAUAUGGAAUCGCACCAAAGAAAAUGCAGAGAAGUUUGCAAACACCGUUCAAGGAGCUGUGCGAGUCUGUUCCUCGGUGCAGGAGGCUGUGACAGGUGCUGAUGUGAUCAUCACAGUCACCAUGGCAACAGAACCCAUUUUAUUUGGUGAAUGGGUGAAGCCAGGGGCGCACAUCAAUGCGGUUGGUGCCAGCAGGCCUGACUGGAGAGAACUGGAUGAUGAGCUGAUGAAGCAGGCAGUGCUGUAUGUGGACUCCAGAGAGGCUGCUCUGAAGGAGUCAGGCGACGUCCUGUUAUCAGGGGCUGAGAUCUUCGCUGAGUUGGGAGAAGUGGUGAAGGGGGUGAAGCCAGCCUACUGUGAGAAGACCACGGUGUUCAAGUCCUUGGGAAUAGCAGUGGAAGACCUGGUCGCAGCCAAACUGGUGUAUGAUUCCUGGUUGUCUGGAAAGUGAGACAAAGGAGCUAGCUUUGUGUCAGUGGAUGGAUGCUGCCACUGCCCAAGGGAUGCUGUCGCUGGUUGUUUUCUAAUUUCUAGAUUAAAUGAGGGAACCUGGUCCUCAAGGAGCUAGAGUCUUGUGUUUAGCAUGCCUCACCAUAAAAAUACUGAACCCCCCCUUCAUGUUUGUAGUUGGGAAGCAAACCUAGGUAACUAUUUCUUCUGUGCUAGCAGGUGAUAACAGGAUUUCUUUCACCUUGUACUUCACUAACUUGAUAUUUCCUGGGAAUAAAGCAUUUUUCAAUUCA